AUGCAGGCGCAGCGGACGCCGAGCAUAGCUGCCUUGCUGACGCGACGUGCAGAAACAAGGCUCUACAGAAACGCGCAAGGAACUCCACCAUUAGCAUACAGGGAGAACUUUCAGAAAUGCAGCAAGGCCAGCAGACAACGGUCCGGGGAGGAGGAGGGAGACGUGGACCUGCUGUGCCUCUGCAGUGCUUGUGCUGCCGCUGCAACCGCACAGCAUCAUCUUCACACAAAGCCGGACCUGUACCUGACUUCACGGCUGGUAUCACGAUCUUCAGCGGACUGUGCUGAGGUGCAGGCUAGCUCAGAUGAACUGACGCUUGAGGACUGCUGGCCGGCAAGUGAAUUGACUCUUCAGUGGCUGAGGCAAGGCCGAGAGAAGAUGGACGCUUUUAAGGGGGCCUUACGGCGGCGGCUGUCUGCUCCUGUAGAACCGUGCCACUGGCCUUUACCUGUGUGCAAAAAAUGCACAACAGUGCCUCUGUACGGCCGGAGGGUCCCCAAGCUCGGCAUCCCUCCUGCUUUCAGCCAGUUUACUGGGGACCAGACGUGCGGGGUAUCCGGCCAUAAUAGAAGUGUCGUGACCGUCGGGGACUUGAACAAUAAAAAUGACAAUUCGAGCAAAGGCAGCGCCUAUGAAGCAGCUUGCCUUUGCACCUAUGCGAGGAACUGCGCCUUGGUCAUAUCUGAAGAUCCUCUUUUGCGCCUUUCUCUUUUAGCCACAUCGUUGGGCGUUUCGGAAGUCCACACAGUAGUGAUGAAAGAAUCCAACUGGGAAAACGCUUCGACGUACGCAAAGUGUUUUGGCCGCCCCGACAGUCUAAAGGUUUUUCGGUCACUGGAGGCUUUAGAGGAGGAGGUAUUCGAACGCCGCAUUGCUCAGGUGCUUACCGGUGAAGUGACGCCUGCCCAUACUUGCGUAGGCGCUGCGAGCUGUGAAUGCCAGCAAAGGGAUGACGCUGGGAUGGGGGUGGUUCCAGGGCUCAGUCGGCAGCAUCAUUGCCAGGACUCGCAUACUGGGACAGCCGAGCCGGAUGGAACUGCAGAACUCCUGCAAGCCCAUCUGCACCGUUAUCGCAUUGUUUUGAUAGAUGACCAGUACUGCGGCCCAGUUGUGUCUGCACUCGGCCUACCCCUUCUGCUUGAGUUUGUCCGCACGCACACGUGCCCUGCUUGUUGCCAGGUGGUGCCGAGGCGCUGGCAGACUUUGGCUACACCCGCCGCGUGUCCUCCGCCUGUGCCGAGCCGGCAGUACUUGAAGCUUGUGGCGAGGCAGAAACCCGAUGAGCCGCAGCAAAGGCAACUUGCAGCCAGUGGCCGCGCCAUGAGCGACACCUCCAUUCGUCUGGAAGAUGUGGCUUUGAGUGGUCGAUUUUGUGUGCUAGAAAGCUUUGAGAUGGCUUCCCUCCCCAGAUGCUCCUACAAAGAUCUUGAAGUAAAACAAGCUUGUGGUUUAUGCACAGAGGGUUUUGGGGACAGUGCAAAUCUACCUAAAGACAGGCACACCUCAAAGAAGGAUAUGGACGGUUGCUUAGAUAAGAACAAAGCCGCAAAUGCAUCAUGCCUCCGUUGCGCACGGGACAGACAGCUCAAAUGGUCUAAAGAAAGACAAACAAUCGUGAAUGGCAAUGCGGUCUGCGGCGUUGAGGUCGCGGGCCCCUGUGCUGGUUUGAUCGUCCGCAGCCACAUUCUUGUUGACGAGGGCAUAACACUUUCCCCCGGCGCGCCGUUGAUGAUUUUCUUGCCGGACGAGGUUCAACUGUCGACGCGUCAUGUUGUGGUAGUUGCACCUGUGGUUGUAUCUGAGCGCACUCCAGCAUUGGGCGAUCCUCAGCGGUCUGCUGACGACAGCCCGGGGAAGGUGCAAGGGACCUGGCCACAUUGCUGUUCGAGUACUUUGGAAGCAUGUGAGAGUGUAGCCGACGGCUCUCGCCUUCUGCAAAAAGCGCAUUGCGAAAGGCAUGAAUGUGCCGUUCCCUGCAACUCAGCAGCAUCCACCCCUGUCAUUGACGAACUGCACAAAACCAAGCCUGCCAUUCCCCCGUGGAGAGGCCUCAAAGCACAGCAACCCAAAUGCUGCUGGCGGUGGACAGCCGUCUGCGACGGCAUUCGGCAGUCAGAAUUCGACAUAGAAGUAACACUUCGUGACCUUCAUCAGACGACGAGGGAACAGGGCGUAGAGACAGUGAAGUCGCCUGUGAACUCUGAGAUCGCUUAG